CGCGUUUAUCAGUGAUAUGUUUGUCUUAAAUGUAAUGUUAUAUUUAUUCUUUAUUGUCGCAGUCCUCUUCUUUCUGGUAAAAAUUAAACAAUUAUUACAAGAUCGUAGAGAACUGAUAAAAAUUCCUGGUCCAGAAGCUAAAAAUAUCCUGGGUGGAAGCUGUGCUCAAUUAUGGACUUCACUUGAUGUCUCGUUCAAGACGUUUCGAGAAUGGGCAAAACUGUACUAUCCUAUUUAUAAUAUUACCUUUCUUCACUACGUUGUCCCGAAUAUAUUGCAUCCAGAUGAUUUUGAGCUCAUACUUUCCAAUCCCAAACAUAUGGAAAAAAGUAUCGUUUAUGACGUUUUACAUAAUUGGUUAGGUACUGGUCUGCUCACUAGUAGAGGAGAAAAGUGGCAGACCAGGAGAAGAAUUUUAACUCCAGCGUUUCAUUUUAACAUUUUGCAACAAUUCCUUGACGUAUUUAAUAAACAGACGGAUGAUUUAGUGAAAACUUUUGGAAAUUUUGGAGACCAAGUUUACGUUUGUGUUGACAACCAUGUUGCACAGUUUACACUGAAAACUAUAGCAGAAACUGCAAUGGGAACAAAGUUGAAAUUUUUCAAACAAAAGGAAAUAGAAUAUAGACAGGCAACCAUAGACAUGGGAAAAAUAGUAGCUCAUAGAAUGCUAUGUCCCUAUUUUGUAAAGGAUUUUGUAAAUUUAUUUAGUUCGAAAUAUUUGAAAGAGAAGAAGGCUAUUAAAACCUUGCAUGAUUUCACCCGUAAUAUCAUAGCAGAACGGACACAAGCAAUUGAAAAUUUUCACUACAGUCCUGAUAACCAUGAAGUUUACAAAGGAAGAAAACGACUGGCUAUGUUGGAUUUGCUUUUAACGGCUAAAAACGAAGAUAGGAGUAUCGAUGAUAAAGGAAUAUGCGAAGAAGUAGAUACCUUUAUGUUCGAAGGUCAUGAUACCACUGCUGCAGCUUUAAGUUUUUCGUUGAUGCUUAUAGCGUGCCACAAAAAUGUCCAAGAUUUAAUCGUUGCAGAAAUUGAGGCUGUAACAGGAGAUCUACAUAAAAAGCCAACCUUCAAUGAUCUUCAACAAUUGAAAUACUUAGAACGAGUUUUGAAGGAAGUUUUGAGGUUGUAUCCAAGUGUCCCUUUUAUUUCUAGAAAACUCGGAGAAGAAUUAGUUACUGCUACAGGAUAUAAGAUACCUAAAGAUACGAUAGUCCAUUUGCAUAUUUACGAUUUGCAUCACAAUCCCGAAUUCUAUCCAGAUCCAGAAAAGUUUGAUCCUGACAGAUUUUUACCCGACAAUAUCAAAAACAGGCUUCCUUUUGCUUAUGUACCUUUUAGUGCUGGACCUAGGAAUUGUAUUGGACAAAAGUUUGCCUUGUUGGAACUUAAAGCGGCCUUAUCUGGAAUAUUGUCUAAAUAUGUCCUAGAACCGGUGGAUACUCCUGACACGAUAACUCUUAUAGUGGAUGUUGUAUUAAGAUCUAAAGAUGAGAUUAAAGUCAAAUUUAUACCUAGAUUUUGAAUGUAAUCAAGUGGUGGAAGUUUUUUAUUAUUUUUUUAAAUACAUAUCUGUUUUUAUGAAUAAAUAAAUAUAAUAAUCUACUC